GCUUUCCUCCCAAAAGCAGUGUCCUUAUUUACAGAAUAGUCACACUUAUGCCAUGAGACAAUGAAAAAAUAGAAUUUGAAGUCUUUGGAGCAGGCAGCACCUCAUUGAAGCCCCACAAUCUGGUCUCCUGUCUCCAAUCCUACAUCUCUGUACUAUUUCAGCAAACAAAUCUGACUAGUGCAAUUAGUAGACGCCAUCUGUUUUGGCAUCAUUUGUCUAUUUUUAAUAUAUAGUCCAUCUUUUUCUUUUCAACAUCUUUUGCAGAAAAAAAAAAAAAACUGUGAAGUUUGAACGAGUGGCCUUCUCAAGAUGUACCGAGUCUCUCAACUGAUGUCGACACCAGUAGCAAAUUCCUCCAGGCCAGACAGAGGACUUUCUGGAGAGCUGUCCCCCACAUGCAUUUUUCCAAGCUUUGCCUGUGACUUCCUGGAUGGGGACAGUUCUUUUGAAUGCUGCUCCAUAGACCCCUUGACAGGCUCCCAGUAUGUCUGCCGCAGAAGCCCCCGACUCCUCACCAAUGGCUAUUACAUUUGGACUGAGGACAGUUUCCUCUGUGACGCAGAUGGCCACAUUACUCUGAACCCGUCUCAUACCAGUGUUAUGUACAAGGAGAACUUAGUUAGAAUAUUCAGAAAGAAAAAGAGAACCCACCGUCCUCUUUCUUCUCUUCUGGACCCCAGAGCCUCUAAGUCUUGGCUGCAUGGAAGUAUCGUUGGAGAUGUUGACUCGCCCCCAAGUGAAGACCUCUGGCUGGAGGGCAUCAGAAGCCUCGGAAAUGAUCAGGACUAUUCUCUAAGUGAUGGUUGGGAGACUCAGACACCAAUCACAGACACUUCAGAAGCCUCCUCUUCUGGCCAUAUCCUGCCUCAGCCUUUCAGAGAAAUCUCCCAGAAGUCCUCUCUUCAGCCUCAGAUGAAAGUACCAGGACACUUCCAAAAGACCAUCUCAGUGCAUUCAAGAGCUGCUUUGAUGCACAAGGUCUCUUUUCAGGCAAUCCUUCUUGCAGUAUGCUUAAUCAUUUCUGCAUGUGCAAGAUGGUUUAUGGGAGGAGAAUUAGCCAGAAUCUUUACAUGUGCACUGAUGUUCACAAUAGCUUAUAUUGUGAAAUCACUGUUUCUCAACCUUACCAGCUAUUUCAAAGCCACCACCUGUGUUAGAGCUCACAUUUAG